ACUUUGUAACAGGCUAACAGCUCGGUUGGUAGCCACUAAUAAAUUGAUGGUAAUAUAUACAGAGUAGAAAAUAAUUUAUAAUGUAAAUUGUACGGAGUAAAAAAAUUACAUGCAAUGUCGUGGUGAUGCUAUUUCACCUCGACUAUCUUAUCUACUCCGUACUUCAUAAAUCUUUAUUACUACCCUUAUCAAUUUGGAACGGUAUUGGAUGGACUGCAAUUUAUAAAGAAAACACAUACAAUGAGGUACGGAGUAAAAUAUUUGUGAUAAAAUUGCAUAAACAUAGAUAUUUUCAUGUUACUUUCUUUAAUUUGUCAAAUCAUGCAUAGGAUUCAUUCUCAUUUCUAUUAUUUGUUACGGUCUGGUGUCUACUGAAUGUAGUUAGUGUUAGACAUUACUGUAAUCAUAGUUUUGUGAGUUGUGACUUGUGACCAAUGAAAAGGCAAUGGGCAUGGCACAUGGAUUCGCAAUUUGAUGGUACUUCUAAGACGAUUAUGUCACUCAUUACUAUUACAUGAACAUCGAAUUAUGUACGCUCACAUCGAGAAGUUAAGAGGGUUGCAUAUUUACUUCCAACUAUAGCACAUUAUGGAUCUGAUGAUCAUGAAUUAUUUUAGGGUAAUUUGUGAGAAAAGACAAAUCUUAACUAAGUUGCAUCUUACUCUUUUUAAACAAAACGAGCAAAUUAUAGAUCUGUCACGAUUCACGAACUAAAACUGUAUGUAAACCAUAAAAAUUGACUUGUACUUCGUAUUAUUUUUCCUCCUCUCUUUCAUUUCUUUCUUCUUCUCAAUCAGAAUGACCUAAAUUUAUCGUGAUUUAUCAAUUUAUCGAUUAAUGACCUUAUAGAUUUAUCGUGAUUAAUUAACCAUGAAAAAAGAGAAAUGAUAAAUCUAAGAAAUAAUUCACAUCUUCCAAGAAAAUCAACUUUGAAAAAAAAAUGUGAAUUUCAAACACAGCACAGGUCACAGGGAGACCAAUUUAUUACCAGAUUUGCAAUAAUCACAAUCAUAAAUCCGUACUUUUUUUGUUCCUCUACCCAUUUGAUUUCUCUCUUUCUUUCUCCUCGACAAAUUAUUGCAUGCAACCCAUCCUUGAAGAUGACACCAGCUUUUGCCAGGUAGCAAAACCCAUAGUCCAUAGAUAACCCCUAAAAAAAGCAAAACAAAAAAAACAGAGUAAGUAGGAAAAAACAGAGUUUAUCUGAGUUUUCUGACUGAAGUGAAAGCUCAACUCAACAGACACCCAAAAUCCCUAAAAACAGAGAAAAAUCCAGAAAAUAAAUGGGUGAAUUGCAGGAAAUCAGUCAGAAAAUAGUGAAAUUGAGGUGAAAGAUGAAAUCUUUAGAGAGAGAAAGAGGGAAUUCUAGAGAGAGAGAUGAAAAUAAGGGAAGGAAAAAGAGAAUCAGAGAGAAAAAGAAGGGGAAAACUAAAAGUGACUCAAAUUUCAGCUGAAAAAAAGGAUGAUUUUUUAUUAACAGGAAGGAGAAGAAGAAAGUCUUUGCCUUUAUUGGCUCCUUGUAAAAGGGUUUUCUGUGGGCCCACUAAUACUUCCACUGUUACUACCCCAGUAUUCUUAUGGAAGAAGGUUGUUGGUGGAGCUCAAAACACCAUAAUUAAAGGAAACAACCCUUUUUCUCUCUCCUCUUCUACUUCUUCUUUUGCUGCUGUUCAAUUUUCUGCUAGGAAACUUGGUUCAUUUUUUUGGGAGUUUUACAACUUUUAUUAUUCAUCUGCAAGAAUGUACUUGGGUGUUAAUAAUCAGCAUCAAAGGGGUCGUAGAAUUCAUCACAGGUUAGAGAAAGAUGAGGGUUUUGAUCAUCAUCAUCACCAGCUUAGUCAUCCUUCUUUAGCUGUUGAUCCUCAUAGAGGCGGUUCUUCUGAUUAUCAGCCUUCAAGUGCUGGCAGCUUGAGGAGACAUAUAGCAGCCUCGCUGAUGCGACAUCAUCAAUCAGCAGAAAGAAAUAAGCACGCAUUGCAGCCUCUAUCUCCUGCAAGCUAUGGAAGUUCCUUGGAGUUGGCUCCAUAUAACCCUGCAGCAACUCCUGACAGUUCGAUUGAGUUAAGGGGAAGGAUUGGUGAACCAAAUUACAGCUUUAAAACAUCAACCGAAUUGCUUAAAGUGUUAAACCGUAUAUGGACACUCGAAGAGCAACAUGCUUCCAAUGUGUCUCUGGUCAAAGCACUGAAAAAUGAGCUUGAUCAUGCCCGUGGUAGGAUUAAAGAGUUGCUCAGAGAUCAGCAGGCGAACCGUCAUGAAAUUGAUGAAUUAAUGAAACAAGUCUCACAAGAUAACCUAGGUAGGAAGAACAAAGAACAUGAUCGAAUAGAGGCUUCUCUGCAGUCUGUGAGAGAUGAAUUGGAAGAUGAAAGGAAGUUGAGAAAACGAUCUGAAAGUUUGCAUAGGAAGUUAGCUAGGGAACUCUUCGAGAUCAAGGUUGCCUUAUCAACUACUGUCAAAGAUCUUGAAAAAGAAAGAACAUCAAGUGAGCUCCUUGAAGAACUUUGUGAUGAGUUUGCCAUAAGUAUUAGGGAAUAUGCAAAACAAGUGCACGAUGUCAAACAUAAGUCCGAAAGGGACUGGAUUGGCAUAACUAGUCAUGACAAUUUGAUCCUGCACAUUUCUGAAUCUUGGCUUGAUGAACGAGCACAGAGAGGAUCUGGUGUUGUUGACAAAUUGAGACCCGAAAUAGAGACAUUCCUCACUGCUCGACAAACAGUCAACAUAGAGGCUAAGGAUAAUACUGAUCACAAUAAAGAGAGCCGUUUAAGGCGCCGUUCCCUCGAGUCAAUUCCCGAGGUCGGGGCUGCACCUGAAGAUUCAGCUACAUAUUCUGAUUCCCGUUGUGCUGAGAAAAGCAAAGCGGCCCCCACCCACUACGAGGAGCAGGAAGAGCUUGCACUAAAUGGGAGGAGGAAAGGUCAAAGUCCUCCUAGUGUGCAGAUGUCGGAACUUCAAAACACUCCUCGGGAAAUUGACCGUAGGAUGAAAGCAGGCGAAGAAACCCAAACAGAAAUCAGCAGCAUGCUGCAGAAGUCUGAGAUUUAUGAUUCGUACCAAAAGAAGAGUUACAACGAAGAAGGGCAUGGAUCGAACUCAAAAACAGUUGACAAACUAAUAAGUGAGCUGCUGUUAUCAGAAGGUGGGAGUUACCCUCCUGAGUAUGAAUAUAAGGAAGCUGCUGCUUCGAGUAAUCCUUCUACAAAGAAGAGGAAUGCAAGCCCAGUUAGACAAUGGAUGACAAGCAUGAAAUCCCCCGAUCCCAGAAUUUCUGAAUCAUCUUCAAAAAUGAGAGAGAAUUCGUUAAAAGCCAAGUUACAGGAGCCUAAGUCGAAGGGUCAGCGCUCACGGUUGAAAAUUCUAAAAGGUUCAUCAUGAUUCACAAGUCACAAGAGACUAUCAAAGAGUUUAAAUGUAUAGAUUACUGGAUUUUUGGCUUGCUAACAUGCUUUUCAACAGUGUUUUAUCAGUUAUCUUCCUUUCAUCCUUUGUAAAAUGUUCUUUGAUUUGUAUGAAAUUUGGUGUAAUAGCUUCUGUUUUGUAUAAAUCUGUACAUUAUGAACAAUCAUGAUCUUCUAGAUUGCCAAUGCCAUCAAAUGAAGGAUGUUGCACAUUUUCACUAA